GGUCACACCUAAACCAAACCAACAGCAACAAUUGCAUUGCGUAGAAAAAUAAAGUGCUUAAACGUAUAAAAUUUCUGCACAUAUUUGAUUGGCAAUUAACUUGCGCGCCAAUAACAACAAAUAAAUCAUAACUUAAGCGAAAAACCCAUAUAAUUGUUGUCUCCACUGUGUAUGUGUGUGUAUUUGCUUUGUUCUAUACAGAACCUGUGAGUGUGACUGAGUCUGAGUGUGUUUGUGCGGGUGCGUGAGUGCGAGCGUGCGUUGGUGUGUGUGUGUGUGUGCGUUUGUGCGCGUGCCGUAACGUGAAAUGGCAAAGAAAACGUACGAUUUACUUUUUAAACUCCUACUAAUUGGCGAUUCCGGCGUUGGAAAGACCUGCAUACUAUUCCGUUUUUCGGAUGAUGCAUUCACAUCAACAUUUAUAUCGACCAUAGGAAUCGAUUUCAAAAUUAAAACAGUCGAACUCAGGGGCAAAAAAAUUAAAUUACAAAUAUGGGACACUGCCGGCCAGGAGAGAUUUCACACAAUUACCACAUCCUACUACCGUGGCGCGAUGGGCAUAAUGCUCGUCUAUGACAUAACGAACGAGAAAAGUUUCGAGAAUAUAGUCAAAUGGUUACGGAACAUUGACGAGCAUGCAAACGAGGAUGUGGAGAAGAUGAUAUUGGGCAAUAAGUGCGAUAUGGGGGACAAGCGAGUGGUCAGCAAAGAGCGCGGCGAGGCGAUUGCCCGGGAGCAUGGUAUACGGUUUAUGGAAACAUCCGCCAAAUCAAAUAUAAACAUUGAGCGCGCAUUUUGUGAACUUGCCGAGGCCAUAUUGGAUAAAACAUCUGGACGCGAAUCGGCCGAGAAUCCCGAAAGGGUGGUCGUUGAUCGCAGCAACAGCGACAAGGCGCCGGGCUACAACAAGUGUUGUGCGUAAUGGGGUUAUGACACUUGUUAGUUUAACGUUCACGGUUGGUUUUGUGAUCUACAUACAUACAUGCAUACAUGCAGAACAUACAUACAUAUAUAUAUAUCUAUAUAUAUAUAUAUAUACAUAACAAUCUUGGCAAAAACCUAGUGCUUUUCUUCAAUGUGCGUGUGCGUGUGCGUGUGUGCGUGUGUUUUUUGUAACUUUUUUAUAGGUCCUUUAAUAUUACUAUAUGAACAAAAAAAAAAAAGAAGAAAAAAAAACAAAACACCAAAAUGCGUUUUCUACUGGGUGGCAACCCUACCAUCUAAAAGUCGGGAUGCCAAUUUAAAUGGUACUCAUACACGUCCUGUCUCGCUCCCACAAAUGACAUUUCCUAAAUGCAAACAACAAAAAAGCCAACUAAGGAAAACUAACAAGUGUCAUAACCCCACGAAGGGCGGGACUGCAGUAAAUAACUGUAACCGAAAGCAAUAAACAUAGACUCACACACACACACACACACACACAUAUAUACACAUUUAUAGCAGUAACAACCAAGAAACAACCUACCUAAAGUUUAAAAUUUUAUAAUGUAAUUUGGAGUAAAUUUACAACAACAACAAAACACAGACACAACACACACAACGUACGUUAGUUAACGCACAAGGAAGCGAACCAAGUGGAAAACGAAACAGCUGCAAAUUGAGGAACAAUACAAAAUUCAAAUGCAUUUUGCGUGUCACGAGCAUUUGUGGCAUGCGGACUUACUUAGCUAACGUGGAACAGACGGAACUGAAACGGACGCACAUGCGACUUAAACUCACUCUCUCUCUCUCUCUCACACACACACAUAAUGUAUUUGUAUAUGUAUAUGGUAAUUACUUAAAUACCACAAAUCACUUAAAAUAUACCGACUAUUUAUGUA